AUGGCAGCCAGAUCGCAAUACACGUCUAUUCGCUGGUUCCUUAGGGCUAUUCUUCACUUUGAAGAAUCUAUUGACAAGAGUGGUGAGCUGAGCAAAGGAAUGCAAAUCAGGCUGGCGACCAACAAGGUUUACGUCGCCAUGAGACGCGAAAAGCUGGGGAUAUCCGACGUUGAUCCGAAGUCAGAGGCUGGGCAGGAAGAGUUGGCGAGAUUCCGGGCAAGGUUCACGUACAAGGAGGCGCAGAAAUUCUAUGUGGCUGUGACGAGGGAACAUGAUGCGAUUGCCGAAGAGAUGGGGCUGCAUUAUCGGAUCCUUAGACAAUAUGUAAACGACGAGGAGGGGGAGGAGGAGUCUAGCACUGAGGAAGUUGAUGGCCCUGACGGUGUUAAAGACGAAGGUGAGGAACUGGGAGCUGCUGAGGAAGGUUAUCAAGUGGAUGCUAAGGGAAGGGAUGGUGAAUCGGAGGCUGAGGAAGAGAACUCUGAGAAAGAGAACUCCGAGGAAGGGGUGGCUGAGGAAGGCUGGUAA